CAACACAUAGCAAGCCGGUGUGGUUUAACAGGCUUUGUAGGAGUAAGGAAGCCCCAUGGCCACGGCAGGGAUGAAACUCUCCAGUAUAUGCUGGCUGCUCUUAUGUUUUCUAGCGGCAGUGCUAGCCGGGAGGGAUUUCUACAAUAUCCUUGGAGUUAGUAAAUCAGCAUCUAUUAAAGAUAUAAAGAAAGCCUACAGAAAGCUGGCUCUACAGCUUCAUCCUGAUCGAAACCAAGAUGAUCCCAAAGCACAAGAUAAAUUUGCAGAUCUUGGAGCAGCUUAUGAGGUGCUCUCGGAUGAAGAAAAAAGAAAACAGUAUGACGCUUAUGGAGAAGAGGGUCUGAAAGAAGGACGUCAUAGUUCACAUGACGAUAUAUUUUCUAGUUUCUUUGGGGACUUCGGGUUCAUGUUUGGUGGAAACAGACAGCAACAAGACCGGAACAUUCCAAAGGGAAAUGACAUUGUACUGGAUCUUGAGGUGACGUUGGAGGAGGUUUACUCUGGAAAUUUUGUAGAGGUGGUACGAAACAAGCCAGUAGCAAAAGAGGCUCCAGGAAAAAGGAAAUGUAAUUGCCGGCAGGAAAUGAGGACCACGCAGCUCGGGCCAGGCCGCUUCCAAAUGACACAGGAAGUAGUCUGUGAUGAAUGUCCUAAUAUUAAGCUUGUGAAUGAAGAGAGGACACUAGAGGUGGAGAUUGAGCAGGGGGUCAGAGAUGAGAUGGAGUACCCCUUUAUCGGUGAAGGGGAACCUCAUGUUGAUGGCGAGCCUGGAGAUCUCCGCUUCCGGAUCAAAGUCUUAAAGCACCCGGUCUUUGAACGCAGAGGCGAUGACCUGUACACAAAUGUUACUAUCACACUGGUCGAGGCGCUGGUUGGUUUUGAAAUGUAUAUCACACAUCUGGACGGUCACAAGGUCCAUAUUGUUAGGGAUAAAAUUACCAAGCCUGGAGCUCGAAUCUGGAAGAAGGGUGAAGGACUUCCCAACUUCGACAACAACAAUAUCCGUGGAUCACUUAUUAUUACGUUUGAUGUGGACUUCCCCAAGGAACAGCUUAAUGACCAGGAAAAAGAUGGUAUACGACAGCUGUUGAAGCAGACUCCAUCUCAGAAGGUUUAUAAUGGCUUACAGGGAUACUGACACACCAGCCAGCAAAAUCAGGACUGAUGACUUUGUCAGUUUUCAUACAACAUGUAGACCUACAGACUCAAACAAGCAUGGAGGGUUAUUUAUUUUUGUUCAGAGAGUGCUCAGAAUAGGUCGACGAAAUGUGGGAGUUUUAUUAUUGAUUUGGAUUUUUAAACUAGUUUUUUGAUGUUAUUGUCAGCAACACAUUGAUUUUUUUAAAAUACAUUGUCAUUUGUUUUGGUUCUAUUGUUUCUUUAAGGCUUUUCAGAUAACAGUUUCAGGGUUUGUGUUACAGUUAUGAUUUGGCUGUUUUUUUUCCUGCAAGUCGAACACUGGUCAUUCAUUAAAACAUUACAGGAACAGAAGCUGACCUGCCACAUCAGAGGGAAACAAGAGACCGAGACUUUAUCUUGUCAGAUAUCGUCACCCCUUCACAUCUUUGAACAUGUUGCCACAAAGUCACUGGUGCAACGAAAAUAUCCAGUUUCCUACAAGAGGAAAGUGUAUACAAGUGAUUUUCAAACAAAGACCUAAAUUAAAAGUUUCGUAUGAUGUUUCUAUCUGACAUUCUCAAUGUUUUAUGCCAGACAAGGCUUAAUAACUAAACUGUAUACACAUGGUAUAAUAGGCAGGCAGUUGAAGAAAUAGGGAUAAGUAAUUUUUCCAUUAACUGCAUGGCUAGUUUUUUUUCUUUGACACUUUUAGCUGUUCACAAUAUCCUUGAUGUCUAUCUGCUUACAGGUAAAACAGUUUCUUCUUUUGUCACGAUGAACUUACUGAUAAUGAAGGGAGGGGCACAUGCUGAUAGCACUUUAACAUUUGUAAUCUGAUAUGAAACAAUUUGACAGUUUUAGGAUUAAACAAGUGGUGUUGGA